AUGCAUGCAGCUUCGGCGCUGGGGAUGCGGACGCCGGUGGCCUACAAGGCGCGGCGGCGGGCGUCGCGGGAGACGCUCGCGCGCGGCAUGAACUUCGCCGUCGGCGGCGCCGGCGUGCUCGACACCGGCAACUUCCAGCGCAACAUCAGCGCCCAGAUCGACCUCUUCCAGGCCAUGCACCACAGCCAGCAGCAGCGGGGCUGCGCCAAGCGGACGGCGCUCGUCGUCGUCUCCGGCAACGACUACGCCUACGCCGCCGACAAGGACAACAACGGCACCAGCGCGGCGAUCGCGUACAUCCCGACGGUGGUGCGGGAGCUCCGGGAGCAGCUGCGGCGGCUACGCGACGAGGCGGGGAUGCGGAGGGUGGUGGUGAUCAACCUGCACCCCAUGGGGUGCACGCCGGUAUUCACCCGCCCGCUCAACUACACCGGCUGCGACCCGCUGGCCAACGCCGGGGCCGCCCAGCACAACGCCGCGCUCCGAUCGGUCCUCGGCGCCCUCGACCCCAACAACCGCACCUUCCUCCUCCUCGACCUCCACACCCCCUUCGCCGCCUUCCUCCUCGACGACAACAAUGAUGACAGUGACAACAAGUUGUUCAAGAGCACGCUGCGGCCGUGCUGCGAGAGCUUCAGGCCCGACGGCUACUGCGGCCAGGAGGACGAGAAGGGCACCUCCGCCACUGCGCGGCAGUACACGCUCAGCGACGACCCCGGCCGCUACUUCUACUGGGACGACGUGCACCCGACGCAGGCCGCCUGGGCCGCCGUGGCGCGCACCUUCAGGGCCGCCGUCAAGAGCUUCCUCUCCAUCUGACCUGA